AUGGCUUGCGGGCCCUCGAGAGUCAAUUGGACCAGGACCUGGACGUCGAAGACACCUCAAGAGUCAGGAGCAGAGAACCACCUUUCCGAAGAAGAAAACCUGCCAGAAUCGAUGCCUUGGACAGCACUGCAAGAAGCACGUCGGCAGAGAAUGCGGGAGUUGAAGGCCUUAGCGAGAAACGACGCAGCAUCGCACCAAGACAAAGGAGGUGAAGAGUACAACGACCGUGAUAUCGACGAUCACAAGUUCUACUACUUUGGCGACUACCGAUGCCUCCCAGACUUCUCCUACACUAACUCUGAAGACACCGACUCGUACGUCAGCGCCGCAGACAUCGACAACGCCCAUGGAAACUUCUGCAACCAGCAAGCCGACUACAGCCUCAUCGACCGAUUCGCCUUCUGCCCCAUCGCCGCCAGCAUGCCCGGCCGGCAAUGGCAGUACCUUUGCAGACAGCUCGAAGACUGA